AUGUGUUCUGAGACGGGCUCCAGGUACACGGGCCUGCUGCUCUUGGUCUUGGCCAUCGCCGCCAUCAUCGCCAACCUCCUGCUGUACUUUCCCAGCGGACAGGUGCUGGAGCCUGACAAAAUCACAGACUUGGUCUGGUUUUUCCACGGCUUUCUGGGAGCUGGACUCUUGGUUAUGGUGCCAGCACUGAUAAUGUUGAGGGGAGGUGGAGAGGACUGCUGUGCUCACAGAUGUGGGAUGCUGUCCCCUGUGCUCCUCGCCAUACAAGGCACUGUGGGCGCCGUGUAUUGUGUGGUCAUUUCUUCACUGGGUUUGCUCAGUGGCCCUCUCUGUGACACAGGCAGUGGAAACUACACCUACCCGUUCAGGAAUUACUCCCUGGAGAAUAGCUACUUACUCGACCAACCCACCUGGGCUAACUGCCAAGAGCCUGAGCACAUCGUCCUCUGGAACGUGGUCUUGUUCUCCAUCCUGCUGGGGAUCGGCGUGGUAGAAGCUGUCCUUUGCCUCACCCAAGUUGUCAGUGGACUCUGUGAUAUCUUCUGUGGUACAUGCGUCCGAAAAGGACAGGUUGGUGCUUCUAGAACCCAGGAAUGUUCAAGUCAUUUCCCCUGA